GAUGACAUGCAAGUUGACAUCGAUGUUUCGUCUCCUUUGUGUUAUAAAAUUUCAAUAAAUUUAUAAAUACUACGCAUUUUCCGCUGGACAACAAAAUAAAGACGUGACUUUGGAGAACAAUAGUGCAAGAAACCUAUAAAGUCGAGUAUCCUUUAAAUCGAAAGUCAAGGGGCGAUUGGCGUGGAUGGUUUCUAGGCUUUCUCCCACGAAACUGGAGCUAACAAUGGACAACGAGUCGUGGGCCUGUUCGUCGGUGGAGAAGGACCUGACCCGAGUCGUUACCAAGCUGGAGCAGCUGCACGAGAACGCCUCGGCGGACAUCGGGGACAUAGCCACCCAGAUGUCGGAACUGGUGGAGGUUCUCAGCAGGGCGGAGCAGCUGGUGACCACUCUGAACUCGAGCACACAGGUCUCCCAGGACGAUCCCAUGGGCGAUGCAGGUGGGGUGAGCAUGCAGGUGGAGACGGAACCGACGGCCCCGCAGCGCCUCACCGAGCGUCAGAUGGAGAGCAUCCGGAAGGCCAUCUCCAGGUGCAACGAGCGGGUGCAAAAACUGUCCACGGAGCAUCGCGAUCUGCACGGCUCUAUCUCGAAGAUUGGCAAGGCCAUUGACCGCAACUUUAGCGCCGACUUCACAUCCACCAUGCGCGUUGACGUCCUGCAGGACGAGGAGAACCUGAUGCUGUUGAACAAGGCCAUUGCCAAACACUAUUGCCGCCAGGGCAUGGACGAUGUGGCCCGCACCCUGAUCCGCGAGUGCAAGAUGUCGCCGGAGCACGCCCAGGAUGUGUUCGAUUCGGAGCGCGAGUUCGCCGACAUCUACGGCAUGUGGGUGAAGAUCCAGAAGCGGGAUUUGACCGACGCCCUCAAGUGGGCGAAGAUGUAUUCCCAGCAGCUGAGUGAUCGCCACUCGCUAAUAGAGUUCCGGCUGCACCGUAUGCGCUUCAUGCAGCUCGUUUCCUAUGGGUUGGAUUCGCAGCGCGAGGCCAUCUGCUAUGCCAGGCUAAACUUUAAGAAGUUUGCUGUGCGCUACGAGCACGAGAUUGCCAAUCUUAUGGCAAGCUUCAUAUAUCUGCCGAGCGGGCUGGAGAACUCGCCGUACAAGCACUUCUUGGGCCAGGAGAUGUGGACCGAACUGUCGUUCAUAUUUCUCAAGGAUGCCUGCCAACUGCUGGGCAUCAGCAAGAACUCGGCCCUGUCCGUUGUGGUCAACGCCGGAUGCACUGCCCUGCCCGCCCUGCUCAAUAUCAAGCAGGUGAUGCAGUCGCGCCAGGUGCUGGGCAUGUGGAACGGCUGCGACGAGCUGCCCAUAGAGAUCGAUCUGCAGCCGGAAUUCCGCUUCCACUCGAUCUUCGCCUGCCCCAUCCUGCGCCAGCAGACCUCUGAGGACAAUCCGCCCAAGAAGUUAACCUGCGGGCACGUCAUAUCCAACGACGCCCUGCACAAACUGAGCGUUGGGCACAUACUCAAGUGCCCCUACUGCCCCGUGGAGCAGAAUGCCGAGGAGGCUGUACGCAUCUACUUUUAAGCAACACAUCUAUGUAUUCACCCUACGAUAAUCACCACUGCUUAUAUGGCCAGGCUCGGGCAGUUCGAGGACUGGUGUUGGUUGGUUGGCCGGCUUUCCUUAACAAAUCGUAACCAUUUUAAGAUAGCUUGCUUAGAUUCAUGUUUUUAGACAAAUUCGCAGAGCGGAAUCGAACUACCUGGGCCGUCUGUUGUGCGUGUGUUCCACAUCCUAACAAACAAUUUAGAUUUAAAAUAUAUAUACUGUGUAUUUAAA